AUGGCCGGUGUCAUAUACCUAAGUGUGCUCCUCAGUACACUGCGACUUGUUCGCGGCCAAGAUCCUCCUUGCUCCGUGAUACCCACCCUUCUUAAUAAUGAUAAGGGAGAUAGCCCUUGUCAAAUCUUUUCGGACUUGAUGGGAGCUCCUCAGUGUUCGGGAUUCUCUCCGGUAGGUGCGUUCACCACACAGGUCUUGGCUACGCCUACUGCCCUGGAGUCCUCAAGCAGCUCCAACACGCUUCAGUGUUGGUGUUCCACAGUGUCAUAUUACCUUUUCACGGCGUGUUCCUCUUGCCAAGGCCUGCCUCAGAUGACGUGGAGUGACUGGAUAGGACAGUGCAGUGCGACCGGAACGUCGAUUGCUGUUGGGUACUUCCCCGGUACCCUUCCGCAUAAUAUCAGCAUUCCUGCCUGGGCCAUGGUGGAAUCCACAGGCGACUUCUCAGUAUCCACGGCUGACGCUAUCGCAAGUUUGGGGUUUCCGGACACCGGACCGGUAACAACACUCGAGAUCGAACUGACGACCAAUACGUUAGAACCAAGCAUAUUCAGCCAACAAUCGGCUCCUUCGUUCUUGCCCGCCCUGCCAACCUCAGCUGCAGGCGGCGCCUACCAUAGUAGUGGCACUGUGACUGUUUAUGCAUCCACUACUUCCACGCCACUGCAAAAUCAGCUCCCUACUGUUUCGAGACAUCUUGCCGAACCAACCAAUACUUUCUCCACACCUUCUGACAGUCAUGGUGCUAGUGUCAGUGAAUCCUUCCCCAUUGCACCUGUGAUAGGCGGGGUAGUGGGUGGUAUCAUUCUCGUCCUAGUCUCCAUCUGUCUGGUGUGCCUGCUCUGGAGGAAGAGGCGAAGAUCCAGAGACCACUUCGAGUUGAAUGACAAGCCUGCCCCAUUGCUUCCGCUGGUGUGGCUCCCUGGUCGACGGGCUUCAGACGACUCCCCUAUAUCUCCACAUCCGAUAUCUCUGACCGACUCCACAUCUUCUGUGACGCCUUCAGUUGGCCAUGCACGAGGCCGCACGCCGCCCCCAGAAUACGCGGAUCUGAGCCGAAGCGGUACAAUGGUAUUAUCGACCCAGACCGUAUUGCCUUCUCCAGUAAAUCCUGAAGCGCGCUGCCGACAUGAGGACCGUAUUCGAGAGAAAACAGUGCUAGCAUUCGGACGACAACCAAAACCCUUGCCCUCUCUCUUGCCGAACACUUCAGCACCACGCGUCUGA